ACUGCACCAGAAUUUGAAACUACUACAAAUUACAAACUGUAUAAUUAAACUGGUAAAUUACUGAGAAUGACAUUGAUAGUGGAAUAAAAGACUUCUGAAAAAUAAGGAGGGUUUUUUAUUCAUGAGCGAAUGUAAUUCGUCAUGCCUCUGGACUCCACUUAUGCUCCCACCUCUCCAAGAAUGCAAUUACCACUUGCUAGGAACUACAGCUCAGGGGACAUGAUGCAUAAAAAAACAGGAAAAGUGAAUUACAACCAAAACUGAAGUAUCCUUCACUUUAUACUGUUAUAUGCUGCUUACUGAUGCUGAUUGUUUCAGCUUCAUUAAACUACUAGAAUGCUAUCUUUCCCAAAGGAAAGGAUUUGUAAAAUUUAUAGCAUAACUGUUGCUAAAAGUGGUGCUACAGACACAACAAAGCAGAGAUGUCAGUUUUCUAAUUCAAAGAAUGAAAGUCAACCGCGGCAGCCUGCUUUCAGCUGCUCAUUUAAUCGCUGUAUCGAUCAUACACUGAAGAAGCACUCUGCAUACCUGACAAAGUAUUCCUUCACUAAUACAAAACGUUCAGCACAAUGGAAAAGCAUCCUUCUUGCAGCAUUUCCCAUAUCACUUUUGACACUGAUUAUCAUGGUUGUUGUCUUGUAUUUUGCACCGCCUCCAGCAAUUUCUGUCUUUUAUCUUGGAGGAAGUGUAGAAAUUCCUAACCUAACAUACACAAGUGAAUUGGGGGACUCAAAGACACAUCAAUUCCUACAGCAAGCAGCAGUUGUACAGAAUUAUUUUUCAGAACUGUAUGAUUCUUCAUCACUGGGGAAAUAUUACUUGAACUCUGUUAUCACUGCUUUUAGUGAAGGGAAAGAUGGACUUAGAGCUUAUUUCUGGAGUAAAUUUUGGGCACCUCUCGACAUUGCACAUCAGAUAAAAAAUUCAACAUCAUCAAAACUGAAGAAAUAUGCCUCGAAGAAAAUGCCUCUGUAUCUUAAUUAUUCAGAUGAAUUAUCUUCAAUGGAAGACAAUUUUGACUUUUAUACAGAUGAAUUAUUUGCUUCUGGUUCUGAUGAAUACGAUAUCUCAGUGAAAUCAGCCAUAUCCUUUGACUUGUAUGCAAAACCAGGAAACAAUAGAACUCUAACUCUGAAGAAUCCUAAGAAGUCAUACUACCAGUGGAGAUUACGGGUUCCACCCAACAAUGUUGUACGACUUGUAGUCCUUACAUUGCAUGAAGCAUCACCAGGAAACUGUGCAACACAUAAACUUACAGCAUAUGACUACUUGCUACCCUCACCAAAGAAACUAAUUUCAAGAUGGUGUGGUGUGCCAGUCUCCUGGGCUCCUCCUGUAACCAGACUGACAUCAUCAAGCAACGUUAUGCUGGUAACCUUCUCUUCUGACAGAAACAGUGAACAACAUGUAUUCAAAGCUUACUUUCAAGCUGUGGCAAAGGCAGACUGUGGAGGAAGCUUAUCUUCAUGGAAUGGCACAAUUACUUCUCCAUACUAUCCAAGUCAUUAUCCUCCAAAUGUUGACUGCACAUGGACUAUCAAGGCCCCUGUGGGAUAUUCAUUGAUGCUUGAUAUUUUUGUGGUUGACAUUCAAGAUAAAUCUCCUGGAUCAAGUAAAUGUGACAAUGACUGGCUUGACAUCAAUGGUGUUACAUACUGUAACUCCAUGGGUGAUAUCAAGAAAAGUAAAAUACAUGACCCAUUUGUGACCAUCCAUUUUCAUUCAGAUGAAUCAGUUACACGGAAAGGAUUUUAUAUUGAAUACCGUGCCUUUAGUUAUGGAGAUCCUUGCCCCAAACAAUUCAAAUGCAAAGAUGGAACUUGCAUCCCUAUGAGAAGUCAGUGCAAUGGAUGGAAAGAUUGUAUUGAUGGCAGUGAUGAACAAGACUGUGAUUGUGGAUCAGAAGAAUUAAGUUGUAUCAACGGUAAAUGUAAACAGAAUAAAAUGUGCAGUGGAGAAAAUGAGUGUGAUGAUGACAGUCGUGAAUCUGAUUGUAUGCAUAAAAGUUGCUCAUCGCUUGGCUUUCGGUGCCUCGAUGGAAAAUGUGUGAACAAACCACAUGCCGAAUGUGAUGGCGUAAAAGACUGUUCAGAUGGAUCAGAUGAAGUAAACUGCGCUUGUGGAACAAGACCAAGGAAAAAAACAAAAAUUGUCGGUGGUGAAGAUGCAAGAUCUGGGAAAUGGCCCUGGCAAGUUAGUCUGCAGAUGGGGAUGUAUGGACACAUAUGCGGUGCAUCUCUUGUUUCCAACAGAUGGCUUAUUUCUGCUGCGCAUUGUUUCCUGGACUCUGACUCCAUAAGGUAUUCUGCAGCAUCACAGUGGAAAGCUUACAUGGGCAUGAGGGUAAUAAACAAACUGAGCAGUAACAUGAUAACACGAUCAAUUAGAAAGAUUCUAAUCCACCCUCAGUAUGAUGAGUACACAUCUGACUAUGAUAUUGCCUUGCUGGAAUUAAGUUCACCAGUUUUCUUCAAUGAUGUCAUUCAGCCUAUCUGUUUGCCUCUCAACCCUCAGUUCUUUUACCUUAGAACAACCUGCUAUGUUACUGGAUGGGGAGCUGUCAAAGAAAAUGGUGAAUUAGCUAAGAUUCUACAAGAAGCCAGAGUGAGGGUAGUAAGCCAGAAUAUCUGCAAUAAGUUGUAUGAUGAUGCAGUGACACCAAGAAUGAUGUGUGCCGGAAAUCUACAUGGUGGUACUGAUGCAUGCCAGGGAGAUUCUGGCGGUCCAUUAGCAUGUCGGGGAAGGAAAAACAAGUGGUUUCUUGCUGGCAUUGUCAGUUGGGGUGAAGGAUGUGCAAGACGUAACCGACCCGGUGUCUACACCCAAGUUUCAGGCCUAUAUGAUUGGAUUCGCCAACAGAUAAAUUGAUAUUUAUCCAAUAUCACCAUUCAAUGCUAUAUCAACUCUAAAGCAAUUCAAAAACAUCUAGCAUUUAAUUAUGGUUAUAACACAGCAGUCUUUAACUAUAAAACAAUGACCAUGAGAAGCUGUGAAAAUUCUCAGGAACCGGUUUACAUUACUGGAACAUGAUAACCUUGUUCUGUUAUUUGUUUGUUUAUUCAAUGAGACAAGGUUGUGAUACGGACACAUUGUAUUUAAUAUGAAAAUAUGUGUUUCCUUUCAAACUGCUAUGACAUAGUAAUAUCUUUAUUUUGAUAUUGUAUUUGAAAACAUACCAGCUGUUAUAUUUACAAUAUAAUGUAUGUGUGAGCAUGAAUAAGCAGCAUGUGGCUCAUGUGGUCAUAACUCCCUUAAAAUAAACACGUUAAGCAAUAUAUCCAUAUCAAUGCAAAAAGAAGACAUUUUUACUGAAAAGCUGCUUUUCAUUUAUUAACAUUAAUAGUAUAAGUACAUCAUGCAUGACUUGCUUGACUGUAUAUGCUUACUAGUUUGUAUACUGUCUGCACAUGUAAGUGAAUAAAUACUAACUGUAUCCAGUGUGAGUACUCCAAACAUGACUGUGCUGAAUGAACAUUUAAAUUGUAAGCCUAAAUGUAGAGUAAUACUUGUGGGACCUGAGAACUAAAAGAAAAUCUUGUUUUUACACAUUUAGUAGUUGUAUAAUUCUUUACUUAACAUUUUAUAAAAUGUGGCAUCCCAUUUCAACUGAAACAUGCAUUUUUGUUUUAUAGUUUUACUUUAUGUGAACUAUGGUGCAAACAUCCAAGUCUAUAUAAGUGAUAUGUAGCUCUAGAACCUUACUACAGUUCAGAUGACAUUCAUACCAAAAUAAAAAUGUUGACCUACA